AUGGAAUCCUAUUUAUUAUUAUAAUCCAUUUACAGAAAUUCCUGUUGUGAACUAAUUCCGCAAAAGUCUACAUACGAUUUACCCAUUAAUGGUUAUACGCAUCCUAUAAUAAUCGAUUCAUCUGAAUGUAUUCCUAUUGUUGAUACCAAACUGAAUGUUACUAUUUAAGAUAACAAUAAAUUAUAAUUAGUUCCUAUUUAAAUGAGUAUAUCAAGAUAUAGAUUUGAACUUAUUAAAAGAACAACUCGAAAGGCUCCAGAAUAUAGCUAUAUUUUUUAAAUCAAAGCCACCAAUGAAACUCUUCCAGGUAUUAUUACUUAAAUAUUGGUUAAUAACAUACCAAUCUCGAUAUCUGCAAUAUUAUAGUAUACUGAAUAACCCAAAGCAACUCCCUUGAAGGGAUUAUACAGUUAAACAUCAAACACUAUUUCUUUAUCAAUGACAUGUUCUUAACCUUCUGAAAUUUUACUUGUGAUUGGAAUUGAUGAAAUUACAGAUGAAUCAUUCGAAAAAAUAAAAUCUAAUUCAAUUUCUAACGAACUCACAGGAGAUUAUGAUUUAUUUAAAUUAUAACCUGAAAAUUCAACCUUACAAUAGGAGAGCAGUUACCUUCUCAAAUAUGAGAUACUGCCUUCAAAUUUAAUCAUGAAUAUUUAUAAUAAUAGAAUUGGAAACCAAAUUACUUAUAAUGAUUAUGACAUUGUAAGCUAAGUAAAUUAGUCUCUAAUAAAAGACAAUUCUUAUAAAACUUUGAUGAAUUCUAUAAGGAGAAUGAUGAUAAAUAGAUUAAGUUUGCUAGAAAAAACAAGUCAAUUACAUUUACAACGAAUCUAAUCUAAAUUAAAUUAUUUUGAUACUACAGUAACAUUCACUCUCUCCAAUAUGAAAUUUAAUACAAAAUAUUCUUUUGGGUAUUACUGUAAAAAUUUAAAUGGAAAUACAUCAGAAAUUUCAACAAACUUUCAAUAUAUAGCUAACGAAACCUCAAUGAAUAAUAAAUCAUUAAGUAAAAUGUUAUCAUUAAAAUUUAAAUAAAAAAUAUCAUCUUACAUAAUACUUAUCAAUUAAUUAUUAUUAAGUGCUAUCUAGAGAAUGCAAAUAAUGUAGAUUUUUAAAAAUAUCCAUUAUGAUAAAAUAAAUUACAAAUAAUAUUUACAAUUAAUUCAAGAUUUUGUUCCCUUUGAAAAUAGAUCUGCGACAGAAAAAUAAAAAAUAUUUAGAUAAUUUAUAUACAAUGAAAAUUUAUUUCAAAUAACUAUCCAUCCUCAAAUGGUUAAAAUUUUGAUAUUACAUAGAAGAUUGACAAGUCAAUUAAUUUUAACAAAUGAAACAAUUUUAAGUAUUAUUAAUGUUACAGAUGAUUUCUCACUUACCUUUAAUUAUGAAAGCUUUUUGUAUUAAGAACUGAAACCCCCAAAAAGAUCUAAUGUUGAAUUAGCAACAUAAUUAGUUUUACUAAAUUAUGAAUUCAAGACUAUUAGUUUGGAUAUUACAAUAAAGGCUAAUCAAGAUGUACUUGGAAUUGUAGGAUUACAUAAAAUUGAACCAAUUUUUGAAAAUGUAAUUAAACAUCCUACUGGUAUCAUGCUUAGAAGAGGCAUUUUAAGUACAUUCAGCAAUAUAUCUGAAGGAGUCUAAUUUGCAGAAUUAGCAAAAAAUGAAAAUACAACUUUGACAUUUAAGGACAUGAUAGAUGGCUAAAAAUAUUUAAUCUAUUACUCAUCUACUGAUUUGCUAAAUGAUUGUUUAACAAAAUAAUAUUAAGAAACAGUUGUGCAAUAAAUAACUUUUGUUAGUUAGUAGCAAAGUUGUGAAUCCAUUUUGCAUAUAAAUAUCGCUUUAAUACUACUUGUUAUUUUAUGCAUAAAAUGA